CAAAAGCAGACAAGAGGAUCGCCCCGCGCUGAGCCGGUUGGUGGGCAGCAGGAGGCGCCUGAUCGCCGCCGGGGCCCUGGGGGUGGUGAUGGUCCUGCUGCUGGUCAUCCUCAUCCCGGUGCUGGUGAGCUCGGCGGGCACGUCGGCGCACUACGAGAUGCUGGGCACCUGCCGCAUGGUCUGCGACCCCUACGGGGGCACCAAGGCUCCCAGCACGGCGGCGACCCCAGACCGGGGUCUCAUGCAGUCGCUGCCCACCUUCAUUCAGGGGCCAAAAGGCGAAGCCGGCCGGCCGGGCAAAGCCGGCCCCCGUGGACCUCCCGGAGAGCCCGGGCCGCCGGGCCCCGUGGGGCCGCCCGGAGAAAAGGGGGAGCCGGGCCGGCAGGGCCUGCCGGGCCCCCCUGGGGCUCCGGGGCUCAAUGCGGCCGGGGCCAUCAGCGCAGCCACCUACAGCACGGUGCCCAAGAUCGCCUUCUACGCGGGCCUUAAGCGCCAACACGAAGGCUACGAGGUCCUCAAGUUCGACGACGUAGUCACCAAUCUGGGCAACCACUACGACCCGACCACGGGCAAGUUCACUUGCUCCAUCCCUGGUAUCUACUUCUUCACCUACCACGUCCUGAUGCGCGGGGGGGAUGGCACCAGCAUGUGGGCUGAUCUCUGCAAAAACAAUCAGGUCCGUGCCAGUGCUAUUGCUCAGGAUGCCGAUCAGAAUUACGACUAUGCCAGUAACAGUGUAGUUCUUCACUUGGAGCCAGGAGAUGAAGUCUACAUAAAAUUAGAUGGAGGAAAAGCACAUGGAGGAAACAACAACAAAUACAGCACGUUUUCUGGAUUUAUUAUUUACGCGGACUGAUCAUUCAGAAACUAAGCUUACUUCUUCCGAAUCUGAGCACUGGAUCCGUAAUGGCUCACGGAGCCUGUGAAUCAAGAAUCCCAAUGGAUACCAACCGUGGGGCACCUCAAUAGUGUGUGUGUUGGGGGGAGGGGGGAAAUCAAAUGCUACCUGACUCACAUCUGUACAACUCAGAAAAAAAAAAAAAAAAACCUUAUGUUAAAAAAAAAGUUAAAAGCAAGAUACGCAGAUGUGUGAUCCACUACCGCCGCCAAAGCAAAUAUUCCUUAAUGUUAGUGUCCAUGUGAAUGAAGUCCUAUAGAGAUCACAACUUUUUAUAGAAAAAAAAAUCUACUACAUUGAAUUAUUUCUUCAAUAUAUAUGAUACUUUGGUGUAUUAUGAUAUUGCUGCUUUUAUCCAUAUGUCAGCUUUGGUUCUUGUGAGUUUACCUGCUAAUUAUGAUAUUUGGAGGACGCUUAUAGUGUGAGAAGAGAUGAUUUUAAGGUAAAAAGGAAAGAUUUGAGGGAAAUCAUAUUGUUUCUUUCCAAAGAAAUUGUUUGCCUUGUAUUUUUGUUACUUUUACAUUUAAACCUAGGAAUGAUUCAGCUUUAAGCCUUAACCUGGAAUGUUCUAGAUUUGGGGGGAAGUAGUUCUCAAGCUUUGUAUUAUUGCUAUGUAGUUUAAUAUUUAUUAAUUUGAUUUCCCCCUCCCUCUAUUGAUGUUUUUUAAGAAACAGAUCUAGAAUAUGACAUUGAAUUGUCCUGUAAAUGUGCUAAGAAACCUUGUGUAAGUAUUUACAGUGUUUAGAUAGCUUCAUAAUUGUUCAUCUUGUCAAUAUACAUAUUGAGUCCAUAUUAAAAAAAUCUAUACUUCCUUCAAAAGGCUCUUCAGUAUAAAUCCAGAGUGCAGUCUUCUUCCCCAUCCGUACCCCUCAUGCCCAGGGAUGGAACAAAAGAUUAUCGAUGCACAGUGGCUUAACUUGAGCCACUGCAUGAAUUACCAAGGGGACAGUUUGUAAUGCCUUCAAACCCUUACUACAAGUUUGUAGCCUGAGGUUAUUUCAAAAUUAACAGAUAAACAUAUUAUCAAUACAACAAGAUGUAUAUAUUUUAUACACAAUAUAUGUUAUAUAUAAUAUGUACAUUAUAUAUAAUGUAUAUAUAUUAUAUGUGGCUUAGGCACAGUGGAUAUAGAGACUAGAGAAAUACAUUUUUAAAAAGCAUACUAUAUAUGAUAUUUGAAUUAUUUUGAAUGACAAAUAUAUAUGGAAUACCAAAACAACAGUUCUUAGUGAAAAUGGCUCCUGUUAAGAAUUUUAAAAGAGUAUAUUAUUUUGCAUAGGUUAAAGAUGGCCUGGAGCACAUUUUCCUUUCUAUUGGACCACUCUUGUCUUAUUCAAACCAAGAGUUUAUCCCAGAGUCUGUGGUAGACUAUUAACAUUAGGCUUACAGUAACAAAGUGGCUUUGCCUUCAAUGUUGAUAUAUUACAUGUAUUUGAGCCAUCAAUUUGUUCUUGUUUCAGAGGUGGACUAAAACUGACAUUAAUGUAGAUUUUGAGCGCAGUCAGAGGCCAAAAUCCAGCCUCUCUGGUUAACACGUAACGCCAAAAGCCAUCUCUUUAAUCUACCAAGUGAAAGAUAUAAAGUACGCGUUGUCAUACGCUGAACUGUCAAACAAUUUCCCCCAUAAUGAUGAAAAAUCUAUUCCUUGCUAUUUGCCUUUGAAGAUCCUCUGACAAAUAGCUUUCAGAAACAGAAAUUUAAAAAUAUUUAACCCACUUGUUUCUUCAGUGAAGGAAUUGCCCAUGUUCGUUCUGCUUUUUUCAAGAAAUUAGUUUGUUCCUUUGGCUGCUCUUUUAGGAUAGUUCCAUUUCAAGUCUAGGGGUCAUCGUUAUAGCUCAGCUAUGCUCAUUUUAAAGGAAGUCUCUAAGGUAGCUUAGCCAAGAUCUCAAAAAAGAAAAAUUGUUAUUCAUCAAUAAAUUUAUUUAUAGUUCCUAUUUUCCCCAGUAAUAUGCCCCAGUCUGGUAAAAUACAGAUGAAAAAGCAUGUAAUUGCUCACCAAGUGUCAUGAUUAAUCUACUUUGGUCUUUCUAAUGCUAAUCUAUUUGAUUUUUUAAAAAAAAUAUUAAAAUGGACUUCCCUUCCACUUAAGGAACUUUCACAAUUGUGGAUAUGUAUGUUUACUACAGAGAAAAUUGGAAGCAAGGUUUGGAGAAGCUUUGUGUGUUUCAACUAGAAAAGUAAAGCAUUCAAGCAAAAGAUUUAUUUUAGGCAUAGAAUAUACCAAGGAGUUAAUAAAGGGACUUCAUUCCACAGGAGAAAAAAAAAUCCAAACAAACCAAACAACCCAGAGCUGGGUACCAAGCUCUGAAAAUCAAGACUGUCAUUUCUAAUAGAUAUGACCUUUUCUUCAGACAAAUAAGCAUCGCUUACCCCUGUUUAGGCCCAGAGAAAAAUACUCAGAUAAAAAGUACACAAAAGAAAUGAGAAAAUGUAUAAGGCAAACAUUUCUUUUAUUUAUUUAUUUAUUUUUGCAUCAUAUCUUAUAAAGCAAUUAAAUUGUGGCCUUUGUUAUACAUGUAACGAUGAUGAUUCAUUAAACUAUAUUAUGUAAUAUA